CCAAAAUAACUUAAGCAUGGAUAAAGUAGCUCACAAACUGUUUGAAGCUGUAAAGUUGGGUCAAAUGAGUAUUCUGGAAGAGACUCUGAGAGUGAGCGGUUUUAUAAAAGAUGCUGUUGAUGAUUAUGGCAUGUCGGCCCUCCACCACGCUGUUUUAACUCAAAAUAUUGAAUGUAUUUCAUUAUUGAUUGACUUACAAUGCCCUUUAGAUAUUCAAGAUAAACAAGGUCGAACAGCUCUAUUUAUUGCUUGUUUGAAUUUAGUACCUAUCGACAUAGUAAGAUUACUUCUUUACAAUCCUCAAAAUUUUGUCAAUUUAUGUGAUAAGAGUGGUGUAUCGCCAUUGAUGCUUGCAUGUUUACAUAAUAAUCUAAGUGUGGUGCAAGCCUUGAUACAAUGUGGUGCGGAUCUGAAGCUAAAAGAUAAAGAUAAUCAUUGGGCGUUAUGGUAUGCCCAAAAAUAUGGAUCAGAACAACUUUGUAUUGCAAUCAAAUCAGUAAUGAUUUACAAUGAGUAUGAGGCUAUAAACAUCAUGUGCAACUCUAGUAAUACAACCAAAACUUUAUGGAACAAAAAAUUUUUGAGACUUCAUGGAAUGAUUGAUGACUUCGGCUGGAACCUGUUUCAUUGGGCUGUUUCUAGAAAUUUAUCUGAAUUUGUUCAUAUUGCUCAAAAUUUAGGUUUUAAUUCAGUACUAAAAGAUAGAUUGGGUCGAUCUCCAUUGCAUUUGGCUUGUAAAUUUGGAGCAAGUUUAGACAUAGUAUCACACUUUUUUGAUGAUAUACUAGAUGUUGUGAAUGAAACAGAUUGGUCUGGUGUCACACCAUUAAUGGCUGCAUGCAGAAUUGCAAGUGUUGAAGUUGUUAAAGCAUUGUUGCAAGUAGGUGCUAGGGUGUACCUAGUUGAUCUAAAAGAUCGUAACGCACUUUGGUAUGCAAAAUAUUACAAUAGAAUGGAUUUAUAUGUAACACUACUGCAAGCUGGUGCUCAAGAUACUAUUGCCGUGAAUUUGCAGUUUUCACCAUUUAAAAUAUUUCCUAUACAAGAAACAGUAAAUUUUUAUGAUAGCGAUGGCCUAACCCCUUUGAUGAGAGCUUGUAAGGAUUCCAAAAUUGAAAACAUUGAGAGCCUAAUAAACAAUGGAGCAGAUUUAGAGAUGCUAGAUGGUGAUAGUCAUAGUGCUUUAUGGCAUGCUUAUAAUGCAGAUCGAGAUGAUGUCUGUAAAUUAUUGAUAAAAAGCGGAGCAAAUCCAUCUCUAAAGUAUCCUAAUAUCUUACACUCUAGUCAAAAUGGUAAUAUUCAGGAUCUUGAGGUUGCUUUGAGUAAAAAGAAUGGUUUUAAAGACAUUGAUUCUUGGGGAAACAAUGCUUUGCACUGGGCAGCAAUAAAAAAUGAUUUAGCAUCAAUGAGACUUCUAUUGCAAGCGGGUAUCGAUACAAGGGCUACCAAUAAAUUAGGUGCAACUCCUUUGUAUAUGUCUUGUGUUUGCAAUGCUCAAUUGCAGUGCAUAAAAGAAUUAAUUAACUAUGAUAAGGACUGUGUAAAUAUUUGCACAAAUACUUUGAAGUCUCCACUGAUGGCUGCUUGCAGGCAUUCUUGUUUAGAAGUAGUCAAAAUUCUAAUUAAAGCCGGUGCUUUUGUUAAUUGUGAGGAUAGUGAUGAACGAACACCUUUAUUCUAUGCCUACAUGAGUUGGGAUUGGGAGAUAUAUGAGUAUUUGCUCUUAUGUGGUGCUAAUCCUGUGAAAGGAGAUAUUUGUUUAUUGCCCUGUUACAUUGACUAUCAUCUUGGACAUUGGAAUGAAAAUAAAGAUCUUGCUAUCAGACUACUGGAAAUAAAUUUGCGAGAUUUAAAAUUAUCAGGUGACGUUUACUUGAUUUUAAAUGAAGAUACAGGAUUUACUGAAGACAGAGCCUUGACAGCAAUUCAGGGUCUUGUGGAGUCCUUAAUUUCCUUGGAUCAAGUCAUACAUUUUGUGGGGCAAGAAGUGCAAGGACUAUCAUGGCCUGAUGUUUUAACAUUUCGUGUAUCAUGCGUACCUUCUAAUGUCAUAUCAUGGAUUUGUUCUCAAAGUGCAGCUAUCGAUCCAGAUUUUAUGAAAGAUCAAUCUGGUAAUGACGUAUCUGAUUUAAAGAGUCUGUCAAGAACAGCUCUUAGAAAAGCUCUCUCUUGGAAUGCAAGAUGUGAAAAAGAUUUUUGCAUAGCUUUAGAUGAGCUUCAAGUACCUAAAACUUUGCAAAAUUUUAUGCGUUAUUUAUAACAAUAAAACAACUGAAGAUAAUAAAUUAACAUAGAUCAAAAUGAAUGUAUCUUAAAUGUUGUUUAUGUUACAAAUAAUAUUUUCACUGUAAUUUGAACCUGCUGCUUGUAUUAAAUACUACAUAAUAAGGCAAUAUAC